AGAGCUGUCUUGACAACCAAUGACUGAAGAGUGUCGCCUCCUGUCUCUUUUGGAACUUCGAUUUUAAAACAAAGCAACUAAGUGAAAAUACUGUUUUCGAGAUUUCCGUUUACAAUGUUAAGUUUUGUCUUCUCGCAGAAAUUUGAAAAUAUAAUACUACUCUAAUCUGAUUAUUUGGUUUAAUAACAUAUUUAAACUGUUUCGUUUAUACGUUAUGUAAUAAUAUAAACAUGGGCAAGGAAUCCGGUAUAGAGGCUGCUCGUUUUAUUUAAGCUGAAAGAAACCUUCGUUUUAUGCUUCAAAUUAAAUGUGCUGUGUGGAAGCUUAUUUUGUCUUCAAAUAAUAAAUUCUAAAAUUUUCAUCUUAUGUGCAGAAAGUGUUGAAAGUUUAUUCUUGCAAUGAUGGAAGAACUUGACUUUGACGAUGAAGUAUUAUCAAUUCAUCCUGAUGAAGAUAUCAAGAAAAUUGAAUCUAUUGAAGUGGAUGUUAAUUCGAAUUUCGAACACAAUUCUGAUUCCGAUUCUGGCGAGAUAGAUGAUGAAGAAGAAGAAGAAGCAAAUGAUUUGGAGGAAGGGGAAAUAAAAGACAAUAGUCCAGUUUCAAAGAAGAAGUCAGAAAUUGCUUGCCGAUUCUUUAAACGUGGGAGCUGUGCUUUUGGAUCUCAGUGCCAGUAUCUUCAUGUUUCCGAUUCAGUUUAUAAGAUGUUUGAUACCAACCCACAAAGAAGAAAUGAUUUACAGUAUGGAGAACAUCAUGAUUUUCCUAAACCAUUAAUUUUUCCACCAAAUAUCCCACCACCAAGGCCGUUUAUGCAACCUCCUAUUUCGGUUGCCCCAAAGCCUGAUUUUCACAGACAGUAUGAAACAUGUGAAGAUAAUUGGGAGAAAGGUUUGGAACAAGCCAAGAUUUUGAUUCGAAAGGCCAACUUGAAGAGGAAAAGUGAUGGUUGUGAAUCAAAGAAAUUCAAUGUAAAAAAUAAUAAAGAGGAGAAGUUAAAAGGGCAGCAUUUUACAAAAACAAAUCUUGACAAUGAAUUAGAUUUUGAUGGUAAGAAAUAUUUCGAAAAGUCUUUGACCAAUAAAAGUUUACACAGAGAAGAAGCACAUGAUGAAAGAAGAUCAAAUUAUAGAUAUCAGCGAAGGUCAAAUGAUAAAUGGGUUGAUCCUUGGCGGAGGUCUAAAUCACCUCUAAAUAAAAAGAGACUGAGGUCUCUUUCAGGUUCUCCUCCAUCUCAUUCUAGGAAACAUUCCUAUGCAUCAUCAACUUCUUCUACAUCCUCAUCUUCAUCUGAAAUUGAUGACAUUUACAGAAGACCUUAUGAGAAGAAAUCACCUAGAGAUCAACAAAGAUUUGUAUCAAGAUCUCGAUCAAUUUCUCAAUCUCGACAACCAAAGAAACGAAGAAUAUCUCCAAAACGCUCUUUUAAUGAAAGGAGGAAUUCGAGGUCUGCUUCUAGGUCAUUUAGUAGAUCUCCCUACAGAAAAGGGGCCUUUUCUUCACGCACACGUUCUAGAUCGUCUUCAUCGUCCUCAUGUUCUGAUUGUCAAAAAAGUCCUGCUGUUGAAAACGAUGAUAUGAAAAGAAUCUCUGACAAGCUCAGUGAGCAGUUAUAUGAGAAAUCUCCCACUAGAGCUUCACCAUUGUUGGAGUCUGAUUGUGAAACUAGUGAGAUGACAGUAUCAUCUGCAUCUUGCACUCCUCUUUCAUCUGAUUUUGAAACAGAGAGUCCUCAUCACAGUCCAUCUUUAAAAAUUAAGGAAGAAAUAAUUGAAGAUGAUACGUCAUUCUAUCCAAAUAAAUCUAAAAUUUUUACUGAUCAGAAAAUUUCCAACAAAAAUCAAUCUAAUUUGUUGAGAAAUCAAAAUCUGAUGCAAAAUGAAGAUGAUGUAAAGCCAACAUUUCUCAAAAAAAUACAUCCUUGCAAAAACAAUGGCAAAAAAAUAAACAACUGGGAUUUGAAAACUGGUUCAGCUGAUUGCAAGCUUAAAAAUGCAUCUUCAUACUUUAACCCAGUUGAGAAACCUGCAUCAACUCCAGAUUUCUCAAAAAAUAAAAUGUUGGAUGAUCCAGAAUUAUUUUUUAGGCAUCAGGGUCCGAGAAAUUCCAAUAAUAGUUGUAGCAUUGUACAAAAAGUGAAACCUAAUAAACCAGAAGGUGCUGUGAUAGUAGCGCAAAAGCCUAAUAAUAAUUCAGAAUCGUAUGGCAAUGCAUCUAAAUUGGGGAGUGUUCGAAAACAGAAUAUUGUUUUAAAUUUGCAGCCCAAAUCUAAAGAUUGUUUUAAACCUGAAACUCUCAACAAACAGCAAAAUGCAGAUGAAAUGUCGACUAUUCACAAGAAAGAAACGGCUUCAAAAAGAGAACAAUUACUAAAUAAGUUGAAGCUUAUUGAUGAUGCUAUUGCUAGGAAAAAGUCAAGUAAUGCAUAUUAAUUUUAUUUUUGCCUUUAUUUCUUUGUUUUUAUUUAUUUUAGUUUGUGUUUAUUUCUUAGCUUGGGAGAUUGUGAAGCAAAUGAUAUUUUUGAUUAAACACUACUUAAUAUGUAAAAUUUCUUAAUUAAAUAUUUGAAAAAUAUUUCUACAGUUAGGAAGAUCUUUUGUGUAUGAGUCAUGUAUGAGUUUUGUCUUUCAAAAAAAAAAAAGGCUCUCUUUAAGUGUAAUAUUUUUAUUUCGUGCUAAAAGCCAGAGUUUAUGUGAUAUUUUAAGCAGUGUGCAUAUAUUUUAUUUAAUGCUGUCAGAAACAUGGUGGGAUUUCUUAAAAGAAAUAAAGAAUUCGUUUUAUCAUAUCCGUCCUUUACAAAAAAAAAAAAUUCUUUUAUAUAUAUCCCUUAUCUUUUCCAGUUUCUGAUGAAGUGCAGAAAAUUGUCAGUCGAUUCUCUCUUAAGGGCUUUACAAAGUUGAACUUAUUUUCUGUUUUUUAUUACUUCAUUUUUUUUCCGUCACUUCACUAUCAUUUUGUAAAAUAAUAAAUAUUUCAUUUGUUCUUCACUCUUUGCAAUAUCUGUUUUACUAAUAUUUUGUAUUGAAUGAUCUGUAUGCCUCUAAGGCUUUUCAUGUUAAAAAUGGUAUUUGUAGAAUUUUUAAGGCAUGUAUUUAGAUGUUCUAAAUCACUCGUUUGAUAUUCCCCAUUAAUUUCUUCUUGAAAUUAUGAUUUUAGAUAUUCAUUUUGUAUAUGUAAUGUUUUUUUAAUUAGUUAUUAGUUUUUAUUGUUCAUUUCCCUGCCCCAGAAAUAAGAUUUUUUUUUUCCCCCAAACCAUUGUACAAUGUGGUGUAAUUUAGCAUUGCUUUUGCAAUGGAGUUUAUUGUUUCUAAACAGUUUUGUUUUUUGCCAUAGCAUAUUAUCAGGUAUAUUUCUAAGUCAAUUUUGUGUUUUUGUUUUCUGUAAAAACCAAAGAUAUUUUUUUUUUGUUUCUUUUUAUAUAUAUAUAUAAAACAUUUACAAUGUGCAUUCAGUGUUGUAUUUGAAGUGUAACUGUGUUCCAAAUAUAUAAAAUAAAUGUCUUGGAAAAAAGUUAUGUGUUCAUAUGAAAGAAAAAAAAAAUUAAAUGUUGGCCAUAUUUUUGUUAAAUGUCAUAUUGAAGUAUUGUCAGAAUAGGAAAGUAUUGUCAUAUGAGAAGAAAUGAUGAAAAUGCAGUCUGUAAGCAUGGCAUAUAUUCAUGGAAAUAAUAUUUGAUUGUUGGCAAUUAUUACAUGUUAAAGUAUUAAGAGUACUUGUACAAAAAAAGAAAGAGUACUCUUUCUUGUUUGCCUGUUAGAUAUCUAGAAUAUGUUUUGUUUUGCUUUAUUCGCAAGAACAUUGCUUGCAUCAAAGCACAUAUCAUGACGAUCUCUACACUGCUUUCUUUCCAAAAAUUUUGUGUAUCGUAGCUAAUUUAAUAUACUGUGUUUCAUUGUUUGUAAUACUGUUGUGCAGUGAUGUUAUUGAGCUAAUAUCUUGUUCCUACAUAUUUGUGAAAUGUUUAAAAUUUUGCUUCUGGCAAAGUGCAUUUAUAUGUUUAUCCUCGGCAUUUAAUAAUAUAUUGUAGUGGUUGGUAUAUCUUUUAAAAUUAAUCUAAUUAUAAAUUACUAAGAGUAUAUCUACUUUCCUCUUCAAAAUAAUUCAACUUGCAUAUUAAGUGUUCUUGAAAACUGUCAGCUUUUGUGAUAUGGAAGUAUAUUUUGCUCGAUGUUUGUUAUUCAUUGUGAUUCAAAUGUAAAUAAA